AUGUCAUCUACGUCCUCGGGAUCGAAACAACCCAGUCCAAUAAACCGUCUUCACAACUCUAGCAAGGACUCAACAAGUGGCGAUCAAGGAUUCCGAAGAAAGAAGACCAAGCAGAAGGGCGGUGAAGGAUUCAGAAGAAAGAAGGCCGAGCAGGAGGCGAUCGAGGAUUCAGAAGAAAGAAGACCAAACAGAAGGCCGGUGAAGGAUUCAGAAGAGAGAAGAUCGACCAGAAGCCGAUCGAGGAUCCAGAAGAAAGAAGACGGAGCAGAAGCAGCGCAAACGAGUCCAACACGACCCCCCAAGAUGCCGCGAGGAGCCGAAGGUAAGGCUUCGGAGUCACAACUCGAGAACUUUCUUGCAGCAAUGGUUGAACAAAUGCGGAUUCAACAUGAAUAA